UAGGCUUCCUGUAAUCGCUUCCGCUUCCAUAUUGAUUUUUUUGGCGCGAACAUGUCUCGUUAAGUUUCAAGUCGUGAACGGUAAUGACUCACGAGCCAUAUUUGUCAACGUGCAUUGCAAGGUUUUCUGCAUUCAACCAUCUACGUCGACGGUCAUGGCACCCAAAUCCUCCAGUCACGGGAAAGAUAAACUGAUUGGAACUGAAGACGACGUUCUUCAGGCUGUGGUUCUUGCGGACAGUUUUAACAAACGGUUCAAGCCGUUGACGACGCGAAAGCCUCGGUGUCUACUGCCUGUCUGCAAUGCACCUUUACUCGACUGGACGUUUGAAAGUCUUGCCCUAGCCGGUGUACAAGAAAUUUUCGUGAUGUGUCGAUCACACGCGGAACAGGUCAAGGCCGCCAUCGCGGAAUCGCGAUGGAGCAAACCGGGAUCUGGCCUCAAAAUCGUACCCAUAAUGACUGCAAAGGAAACUUAUUCGCCUGGAGAUGCCAUGCGCGAUGUUUACACGCGUGGGUUAGUGACCAGCGACUUUGUCCUCGUCAUGGGCGAUUUGGUCAGCAACAUCCGUAUAGACGAGGUCGUUCGUGUGCACAAAGAGCGCAGAAAGUCGAAUAAGGAUGCAAUCAUGACUAUGGUAGUUAAAGAGAGUGGUGUCAAGCAUCGGACAAGAUCAAAGGGCGAAUCUUCCGUAUUCGUUCUAGAUACAGAGACGUCGGAGUGUUUGCAUUACGAACCUGUUACAGGUUAUCCGCCAACCAAGAAAGCGCAUAUACCCCGAGAAAUCUUUGCUCAACAUUCAGAGGUCGAGAUACGGAAUGAUCUUAUUGAUUGCUCUAUUGACGUAUGUUCUGUGGAGGUGCCCUCGCUCUUCCAAGACAAUUUCGACUACCUCGACCUUCGAAGAGACUUUGUGCACGGUAUUCUCACUUCGGAUCUACUGAUGAAAAAUAUCUAUUGUUACAUUGCCAAAGAGGGGUAUGCGGCUCGAGUUAAAGAUACAAGGAGCUAUGACUCGGUCAGCAAGGAUAUCCUUUCGCGGUGGGCGUUCCCGCUAGUGCCAGACGACAAUCAUCCCGGUGGUCAUGCUUACGAACAUAUCCGUGGCAACAAAUACAUUGCGAAAGGCUCUACGGUGACCCUUGCUCGGACAAGUAAAGUCGGGAAUAACACGCUGAUCGGAUCUCGUACCCAAAUACUGGACGACGUUCAGAUAAAGUCUUCAGUGAUUGGACGCGACUGCAUCAUUGGCGCUGGUAGCAUUAUCGCCGACUCGUACAUAUUUGACGGCACGAAUAUUGGCCCAGGAUGUCUAGUUGAACAGAGCAUCAUUGGCGAAGGAGUGAUCAUCAGAAAUAAUUCAAGGAUAGUGCGAGGAUGUCUGCUUGGCGAUGAGGUGAUUGUAGGCCCCGGUGCAGUUCUUCAGCCUUUUGAGCGGCUGUCGAAGAAAUGGCACUCAGAAGAAGAGGACGACGACGACGAGGAAGAAGAUUCCGAUUUAGAAGAAAUAGAAGCCAGUCAGUCGUCAAUAUCUGUGCAAUUGGGAAAAGAUUCGAAUGCGAUUGUGUGGCCCAGGGGCGCACCUGACGACGAAGACGAAGACGAUGUCGAGAAUCAUGCGAACCAGCGGUUCAUGCGGUUAGGUGAUGAUCCUUCCGACUUGGAAGAUGAUAGUUCCGCGUCGUCUGAUGACGAGGACGAAUCUUCAUCAGACGAGGACGGUGACUUCAAGAUGAGCCUCGAACCAGGUCUCGCAUUAGAAACGUCUGCUAUCAACCUACCGUCUUCGGAUGCUAUCGCAGAGAGUGAAUUUCGGGCCGAAGUUACUCAGUCUCUUGAGCGAGCUUUUGCCGAGGGGCAUUCUAUCGACAACGCUGCCGUUGAACUGAAGACACUCCGGAUGGCUAGCAAUGUCCCUCUUUCACGUGUAAGAGAAGCUGUUGUUGCAGCCAUAGUCGAACGCAUCAAGAUUGUCGAGAGCGGAAGUGCUGCUCAGCGUACCGAAAUAUCUAACGUCAUACAACGAUGGGGCGGACUUAUUGACAGAAUCGGAGGGAUAGACGCGAUAGAAACCAUUUCCGUUCUUCAGACCCAUUGUUCAUCAUCCGAGCGGAUGCCUCUGUUCGGACAGAUACUUGCGGCCCUGUACCAAGCAGAUAUUGUGGAGGAGGAAGAUCUAAGAGCGUGGCAUUCAUCACCAUCCGCCGGAGGCGUGGGUUUGGCACCUGGAAUUCAAACAGACAAUAUCAGAAAAUGUUGGAGCAUAGGUGCCCUUCUGAUUCAGCAAAUUGGACAACAAGACAGUGGGGAAGAAGAAAGUGAAGAAGAGGGAGACGAAGAUGAAGAUGAGGAGAGUGAAUAAGUGGCUGUUCGAAACUUUAUUGGUACACUAUAUAGUAUACAAUGGUGGUAUGUAAUCAUUACGGGAGUGGAAGGGAUGUGGUAUGGCUAGUACUUGAGAAUGAUGUACAGAGCUGAUUGUAGAGAAGAUCAUUAGAGUAUUAGACGAAACGCGCAGGGCGGGAAGCUUACCAUGUAUGAUACCAGGGCUGCAAACAAACCGUUAGCAUCAGCUCGAAACGGGGAUAAACGGCAUGCUUACAUCCACCCCAAAAUGGUCAGAAGAAUGUUGAUGAGCUAUAUAAAAGUAAGAAAUAUAAACGCUGCAGACACAACGAGGCACGUACCAGGUCAGCUCCACAGCCUCUCUCGAAAAAUACACCCAAAGGUGGUAAGAUAAUAGCGACUAG